CCCCUUGCACUACCUUCUCCACACAACAGAUCAAGAUCAUUACCAAGGCAAGCUUGGUAGCUGCUGUCCAUUCUUGCUCCUUGAAAAUACACCAGGAAAAAGAUAAACACAUUCAUUGAUUAGCCUUCUUGUGCCUUCCGAGUAACCGUCGUACAUUUCCAAAGUUAAGGCAAGAUGAGUUCCGUGAAGACCCUGCGCAAGAACAACUGGAAAGACGCUCUCCAGAAGGCUAAACGGGAGGAUAGGCUGCUGGUGAUGGAAUUCAUGGCUUCGUGGUCCGAGCCCUCCAAGCUGAUGAACCCUAUUGUCGCCAACACCAUAGCCCCCGACCCCAAGUUCAGAGACAAGGUCGACUUCUGCAUGCUCGACGUCGAAGAGUUCAAGGAUUUGGCUCGCUCGCUCCGUGUGGAGGCGCUGCCGACUUUCCUGCUGGUGAAGGACUACUACGUGAAGAAACGCGUCGUGGGGGUCGACAAGGAUGAACUCCGGAGCAGCAUCUUAGAGCAGUUGGGUGAGGCAUCGUCCAAUAAUGCCUGAUGGGCCUCAAGAAUCUCUGAUGGUGUCUGGGCACACGCAUGCAUAUCGAUGUGAUGAGCCCUUGGUGUAUGUGUAAUUCCUUCAGGGCCGCUAGAUCACGCACAUCUUGAGGCCCUGAACAUAAAUAAAUAAAUAAGGUUUGGUAUAUGUGUUUCAUUGCACCAAA